AUGUCAGAAAGUGGCUGGAACACUAUAGAUUCUGAUGCUGGUGUUUUUACAGAACUUGUUGAAAAAUUAGGUGUUACAAAUGUUGAAAUAAAUGACUUAUAUUCAAUUGAUUCAGAUACUUUAAAACAAUUAAAACCAAUUUACGGGAUAAUAUUUUUAUUCAAAUAUGGAGCUCUUGAUAGAGAAUAUGUCAAACUAAAUAAACCAAUAAAUGGUUCAUACGAUUCAAAUUACAUAGAUCAAAAUAUUUUUUUUGCAAAUCAAACUAUUCAAAAUGCAUGUGCAACUCAAGCAGUAUUAAAUAUAUUGUUCAACGUUGAAGAUUUACAAUUAGGUGAUGAAUUAAAUAACUUUAAAAUGUUCACUACUGGAUUUGAUGCAGAAAUGAUUGGUGAAACUAUAUCAAAUAGUGAAAUAAUCAGAUCAGUACAUAAUUCAUUUCUGACUCCUAGUUUAAUUCAUCAAGAAGAUAAGCCAAAACCCAAGACAUACGAUGAUAAAAAUGAUGGAUUAUUUCAUUUUGUUGGGUACAUAUAUAAAAACAAUCAAAUUUACGAAUUAGAUGGAUUAAAACAAUUCCCAAUCAAACAUGGAGAAUGUCAAACACAAGAUGAAUUCAUUAAUAAAAUCCCAAAUAUAAUCCAAGAAAGAAUAUCAAAAUACGACGCAAAUGAAUUAAGAUUUUCAUUACUUGCUAUUACUAAUAAUAAAUUAAAACAAGCUCAAUCAAAUAAUGACGAAAUUGAAAUUCAAAAUCAAUUAUUGAAAAGAGAAGGUUGGCAUAAAGAAAAUGAGUUAAGAAAACAUGAUUAUACUGGAUUAAUUGUAAACUUAAUUAAAAAUAUAAGUAAAGAGAAAACUGAUGAUGAAUGGGAAAAACUUUUGCAAGAUGGUAGAAAUAAAACUCAAGAAAUGAUUGCUCAGUCUAUUAGAAACCAGUAA